AUGUCGCUAGCCAGGACAACCUUGUCACCAUUCACGAAACGAGCGAUCUUUUCUAUUUUCACACGAUCUCUCAGCAAUGCCCAAGAAGCUGAUAUAGUGGUCAUAGGUGCUGGUCCUGGUGGCUAUGUUGCUGCAAUAAAAGCUGCGCAGCUUGGGAUGAAGACUAUUUGUGUAGAGAAAGAUCCCACUCUUGGAGGAACCUGCCUCAACGUCGGAUGUAUCCCAUCGAAAUCACUACUUAACAAUUCUCAUUAUUAUCAUAUGGCUCAACACGAUUUUGCUAAUAGAGGUUUUGAUUUUUCCCAGUACUUUUGA